CGACUGGAAAAAAAGGUUGAGUUGAAGAAAAUGGCGUCAAAAAGGAUUGCUGUUAUUACCGGUGGAAACAAAGGCGUUGGUUUAGAAAUAUGCAGACAAAUAGCUAAUGAAGUUGUGGUGGUGUUAACUGCAAGAGACGAGCAGAGGGGCGUCGAAGCCGUCGCCAAAUUGCACUCCUACGGUUUACAGGAUGUCGUUUUUCAUCAGCUCGAUGUCACAUAUCCCUCCAGUAUUGCUUCGUUAGCGAAUUUCAUUGAUGCUCGGUUCGGAAAACUCGAUAUAUUGGUGAACAAUGCUGGAAUCUCUAGCACUAUCGUCGACGAGGAGUCUUUUUGGAGUAUAGACCUUCCAAGUGAGGUGCUUGUUGGAAAGCCUAAGCAGUCGAAGAAAGCUGUAACACAAACAUUUGAAGGAGCUCAAAAGUGCUUGGAAACCAAUUACUAUGGAGCUAAACAUGUCGCUCAAGCCUUGCUACCACUUCUUCUUAAAUCUACAUCUCCGAAAAUAGUCAACGUCUCAUCCAAAUUGGGGCAACUAGAAAACGUACAAGACGAAAAUGCAAGGAAGAUUCUGAGUAAUGUUUCUGGGUAUAUCAUGUCAAAAGCGGCUCUGAAUGCGUACACGAGGAUCUUGGCGAAGGAAUUUCCAUCGAUUUCUGCAAAUGCGGUGAGUCCUGGUUUUGUUGCGACGGACAUGACUUAUUUUAAGGGAACUUCCACCGUUGAAGAAGGUGCUAGAGGGCCGGUGAGGCUAGCUUUGAUCUCCGAUGGUGGUCCAUCGGGUCAAUACUUUUGGACGACAGAAAAGUCAACAUUUUGA